AUGAAGACCUUUCUCAUCCUUGCCGUCCUUACCGUGGUGGUAACCAUGGCCAACGCCACUGUGCAGCUUGACCCUACAAGUCAAUAUCAACCCGAACAACCAUUUCCGCAACCUCAACAACCAUUUCCGCAACCGAAGCAAUGGUUUCCGUUGUUUCCCCAACCCCAACAACCGUUCCCGCAACCCCAACAACCAUUUCCGCAACCCCAACAACCGUUUCCGUUCUUUCCGCAACCCCAACAACCAUUUCCGCAACCCCAACAACCAUUUCCGCUGUUUCCGCAACCCCAACAACCAUUUCCACAACCCCAACAACCAUUUCCGCUGUUUCCGCAACCCCAACAACCGUUUCCGCAACCCCAACAACCAUUUCCGCAACCCCAACAACCGUUUCCGCUGUUUCCGCAGCAACAACCAUCCCUGCAGCAACAACCGUCUUUCCAGCCAAUUCUACAACAAGAGUUGAACAAGUGCCAAGAGUUCCUCGUGAAGCAGUGCAAACCACUGACAAUUGUGUCGCUCCUUCGGCCAAGGAUCUUUCAACAGAGCACCUGCCACGUGAUGCAGAAACAAUGUUGCCAGCAGCUGGCGCAGAUUCCCAAGCAGCUCCGGUACCCUGCCAUACAUAGCGUGGUGCAGGCCAUCAUCAUGCAACAACAACAACAACAACAACAACAACAACAACAACAACAACAACAACAACAAUUCUUCCCACCUCAGAAGCAGCAGGUGGAUCAAGGCUUCUUCCAGCCUCAGCCACAACAGGUGGGCCAGAGCUUCAUCCAACCACAACAGCUAGCUCAGUUCGAGGCGACGAGGAAGUUUGCGCUGCAGACCUUGCCAACGAUGUGUAAUGUGCAAGUCCCGCCGUACUACGCCACCGCCCCGUCUAGCCGCACCUUUCUCUUUUGAGAAGACUACAAAAGCUCUGGUACUAGAUAGAUGGAUCACCAUUAUUUCAUCAAUGGACCGAUCGAUGUAACGGUGAAAAAUAAAGUGGCAUGUGCUAAGAUGUUUGACCCCCGGCCAGUACUAGUCUAAACUUGGUAAUAAAAGAUAAACAUAGUUCUUGUCUGCAUAA